AUGGCUCCUCCACCACCGCAAUCUCAACGAUCUCCCUCGCCGUCUCAACCGUCCGGGAAGAGUGAAGUCUCUGAUUUAAAAUUACAGCUCCGGCAGCUUGCUGGUAGCCGUGCUCCGGGUACUGAUGACUCUAAGAGGGAUCUUUUUAAGAAGGUGAUAUCCAAUAUGACUAUAGGUAUUGAUGUUUCUGCUCUUUUUGGGGAGAUGGUAAUGUGCUCGGCAACAUCAGACAUUGUUUUGAAAAAAAUGUGUUAUCUGUAUGUUGGAAACUAUGCCAAGGUGAAUCCUGAUCUUGCUCUCUUGACGAUUAAUUUUCUACAAAGGGAUUGCAAGGAUCAGGAUCCAAUGAUUCGAGGACUGGCAUUGAGGAGUUUGUGUUCACUCCGAGUGGCGAAUUUGGUGGAGUAUUUGGUUGGGCCUUUAGGGUCAGGAUUGAAGGAUAAUAAUAGUUAUGUUAGGACGGUGGCAGUUAUUGGGGUGUUGAAACUGUAUCAUAUAUCAGCAACGACGUGCAUGGAUGCGGAUUUUCCAGAAACGCUGAAGCAUUUAAUGCUUAAUGACCAGGAUACUCAGGUAGUUGCAAAUUGUCUGUCUGGCUUACAAGAAAUUUGGACCUUAGAGUCAACCACCUCAGAGGAAGCAGCCAGGGAAAGAGAGACUCUGCAUAGCAAGCCAGUUGUUUAUUACUUUCUCAAUCGCAUUAAGGAAUUUAGUGAAUGGGCACAAUGUCUUGUGAUGGAAUUAGUGGCCAAGUACAUUCCUUCAGAUAACAGUGAAAUAUUUGAUAUAAUGAAUCUCCUUGAAGAUAGACUCCAGCAUGCAAAUGGUGCUGUUGUCUUGGCAACUAUAAAAGUAUUUCUGCACUUGACUUUGUCUAUGGCUGAUGUUCAUCAGCAGGUAUAUGAGCGUAUCAAAGCCCCUCUCUUAACUCAAGUGAGCUCAGGAAGUCCGGAACAAUCUUAUGCAAUUCUUAGCCACCUACAUCUCUUGGUCAUGCGAGCCCCUUAUAUAUUUUCCUCAGACUACAAACACUUCUAUUGCCAGUAUAAUGAACCAUCCUAUGUCAAAAAGUUGAAGCUUGAAAUGCUGACUGCAGUUGCAAAUGAAAGUAACACCUACGAGAUAGUGACAGAAUUAUGUGAAUAUGCUGCAAAUGUUGACAUCCCAAUUGCAAGGGAAUCUAUUCGAGCUGUUGGAAAGAUUGCAUUGCAACAGUAUGAUGUCAAUGCCAUUGUUGAUCGACUUCUACAGUUUCUGGAAAUGGAAAAGGACUAUGUUACAUCUGAAGCUCUGGUGCUUGUGAAAGAUCUUCUAAGAAAAUAUCCUCAAUGGAGUCAGGAUUGUAUUGCUGUUGUUGGGAAUAUCAGUAGCAACAAUGUCCAAGAACCUAAGGCUAAGGCAGCUCUCAUAUGGAUGUUAGGGGAAUAUUCUCAGGAGAUGCAUGAUGCUCCGUAUGUCCUGGAAAGUCUAAUUGAAAAUUGGGACGAGGAGCAUUCUGCUGAGGUUCGCUUACAUCUUCUUACUGCCGUAAUGAAGUGUUUCUUUAAGAGACCCCCUGAGACUCAGAAAGCAUUAGGAGCUGCACUGGCCGCUGGUCUUGCUGACUUUCACCAGGAUGUUCAUGAUAGGGCCUUAUUUUAUUACAGGCUUCUACAAUACAAUGUAUCAGUGGCAGAGAGUGUGGUUAAUCCUCCCAAACAAGCAGUUUCCGUAUUUGCAGAUACUCGGAGCAGUGAAGUUAAAGAUCGCAUAUUCGAUGAAUUUAACAGUUUGUCUGUUGUAUACCAAAAGCCUUCUUACAUGUUCACCGAUAAGGAACACCGAGGGACAUUUGAGUUUUCAGAUGAACUUGGAAAUCUAUCUAUUAAUGCAGAAUCCGGAGAUUCUGUUGUUCCUGCUCAGAGAGUGGAAGAAAAUGACAAGGAUCUGCUUCUAAGUACCACAGAAAAAGAUGAUGUUAGAGAUCCUGGUAGUAAUGGUUCUGCCUACAAUGCUCCUUCCUAUAAUGGAUCUUCCCCUUCUCCUUCUGCUACUUCACAACCGCUUGCAGAUUUGGCAUUUUCAAGUACAAGCGCAACUGGUCAAGCUCCAGCAUCUAUCUCGGCAAUUGAUGACCUGCUUGGUUUCGAUUUUUCAGUUGGGACUGCAACCACGCCGCCACCUCCUCCAUUGACCCUCAACCCAAAAGCUGUACUGGAUCCUGGCACAUUUCAGCAAAAAUGGCGUCAACUACCAAUAUCGUUAUCAGAGGAAUAUUCUUUAAGUCCUCUUGGAGUUGCAUCCUUGACAACUCCCAACGCACUCCUACGGCACAUGCAAAGUCAUUCCAUACAGUGCAUUGCAUCCGGCGGUCAGGCUCCUAAUUUCAAAUUCUUUUUCUUUGCUCAAAAAGCGGAAGGAGCAUCAAUAUAUCUUGUAGAGUGUAUAAUCAACACUUCAUCGGCCAAGUCACAAAUUAAAAUAAAAGCGGAUGACCAAAGCUCAUCACAGGCAUUCUGGACUUUAUUUCAAUCAGCCUUGUCCAAAUUUGGUUUGCCCUGA